AUGUCUACGACGAUAUCUGUAGAAAGCCCUUUGAAAGGAGGCUGCUACUGCGGGGCAGUUUCUUAUGCGAUUUCCGCACCGCCUGUGACGCGUGCUUUCUGUCACUGCACUCAGUGCCAGAGGUUGAACGCCUGCCCGUUCAUCCAUACGAUCCAUGUUGAUGCGUUGCACUUCACAUGGGCUCAUGCUACCCCGCAUGAAUCUUUUCUCGACAGAUUCGUCAAUCCUUCAAGACCGUGGAAACAGCGCUUCCGCUGUAAGUCCUGUGGCUGUACCAUUGCAUCGAAGAACUCGAAGACAAAUCGAGUCAGCGUGUGGGGUGCACAGCUGGAAAGAGAUGACGAAGGGAAGGUCAAGAGAUGGGACGAGGUGAAACCGACGGCGCACAUUUUCUAUGCUACCAGGAUGUUGGACAUCGAUGAUGGUCUGGGCAAGUGGGAAGGCUACGAAGGGAAGUCGAAAGAACUUCUUUGA